GGGCCGUAUUAAACAUUUGGAUGUGGUGACCUUACUACGUCGCAUCCAGCCACCCCUGGGAUUUGGCAAAUUGUGCCCACACCGUGUGGCGUGUAAGAGACUGGUUGCCAUGAAUAUGCCUCUAAACUCGGACGGUACGGUGACAUUCAAUGCCACCCUCUUUGCUCUGGUGCGAACUUCACUGAGGAUCAAAACGGAAGGGAACCUGGAAGCCGCUAAUGAAGAGCUGAGAGCGGUUAUUAAAAAGAUCUGGAAGAGGACUAAACAGAAAAUACUGGAUGAGGUUAUCCCGCCGCCCGAAGAGGAGGAAGUCACCGUAGGAAAGUUCUAUGCCACCUUCCUCAUUCAGGAUUACUUCCGUAAAUUCCGCCGUCGGAAGGAGAAGGGUCUUCUUGGGACUGAGAACCUGCCCAGCAAUUCCACCACAUUGCAGGCUGGGCUGAGGAGCCUGCAGGAUCUGGGAUCUGAGAUCCGCAGGGCCCUCUCGAGCGAGCUCGAGGAGGAUGACAUCUCUGAAUUCCCAGGGAUGGGACACCAGGGUGCAGAGGAAACAACCCUGUGUGAGAGUGCACCAGGCCUGACCAAAGGACGUCUCUCUUCAUCUGUGUUGUCGCUUACUAAUUCCAUCGGCGGACGUGAUGAGCAGGCUCCAGCUCCUCGUAGACCAUCCUUGGUCAACCGAUCUGGUGGUGGCUCAAAAGACAGCCUCCUGAUACCUCCGGCACCAGCCAGUGUGACCAGCGGGAAGAAAAGGCCGCUCAACGCACGCAGGAGAAGCUCAGAUGGAACGUUUGUACCCCCCACUGUACAUGAAGAGGAAGAGACUGCGACAGAUGAUGAACAAAGAUCCAGGACAUCCUCCCCCGUAUACAGCCCCAGCAAGGAGAAGGACAAAAUUCAGCACGCGGAUGACAGUUUGCAGCGUCCAGUGUCUCCCGAGGACCGGAUUAAAGCUCAGUCACCUCCUGCUUCUCCCGAGGCUAACGGCACCCUGGAGGGCAGAGCGGCCGCCCCUCCGCGCAGGAGGCUGCUACCGCCGACGCCAGGAAACAAAUCUCCCUUCAGCAUUCAGUGCCUGAGGAGACAAGGAAGCUGUGACGAUAUCCCCAUUCCAGGGACAUACCAUCAAAAUGCAACCCCCUGCCGAACCCGAGUUUAUGGAAGUUCAGAUUCCUGGCAAAGAUCCAGCUACCAGUCCAACGGUUCCAAUUCCUGGGCCAAUCCUCCAAAACGCGGCCGCCUUCUCUAUGCCCCGCUUAUCCUGGUGGAAGAAGACAGCAGCUUGCCCACCAUCCCUUGCACUCACUGGUAUAGGGAGGAGGAAAGCAAGGCUCCAUAUUGCACCUACACCCAGCUCCAUGUUCCUGGGCAGAGACUAACGGAGAAGAGGGGGAGUGCGGACAGCCUGGUGGAGGCGGUCUUGAUAUCAGAAGGACUGGGGCUCUAUGCCCAGGACCCCAAGUUUGUUGCAUUCGCUAAAAGGGAGAUUGCGGACGCCUGCCACAUGACGAUCGAUGAAAUGGAGAGCGCAGCCAGCGACCUUCUAAGCCAGAGUCGUAAAAGCAGCUGGGCCGGGAGUACCACUGGGCGACCUGGCGGAGAGGACGCGACGGGACAGGGACUCUUUUACAGCGAUGAAGAAUCUGUGCACUGUAGGGACGAGGAGGAGCUGCGAGAUGAGAUGGCUUGUGUGUCCUCAUUCUGAGACUCUAUUCCUUCUGAGAGGGAGCAUAGCCAAAGCGACGCUAAUGUUAGCAGCUAGACGAAUAUGGGCAACUAGCCAAAGCUCAACUAUGGACAACUAGC